AUGGCGGAUUCUGUUGAUCGAGUGUUUGUUCAUGCCCUCAACACCAUUAAAAAACUUCCCAAGACGGGAGCUGCCCGGCCACCGCCGGCGGAUCGAAUGCGCCUCUAUGGCCUUUACAAACAAGCAAUGGAAGGCGAUGUCGAUGGGGUGAUGGAACGUCCCUCUGCCACGUCGGGGAUUCCCGAUGAGGAUCUCCAACGAGAGCAGGACAAAUACGAUGCCUGGAAUAUGCAGAAGGGGCUGAGCAAGACCGAGGCCAAAAGACGAUACAUCGAGGCUCUGAUUGAUACCAUGCACAGAUAUGCCACUACGGAAAAUGCGCUAGAACUCGUUUCUGAGUUGGAAUUUGUUUGGAACCAAAUAAAGGGCAACUCGACGAGCUCAUCGGAGCCUUUGUCAACCGACAACAGCCCUCGGCGAUUCCAAAAGGCCGCGAGCGGCACGGAUGGACCCCUUAAAGUACUAUACCCCAUGAGUGAAGACGAUGAGGCGGAACACGACUACCAAAGACGAAUGGCGGCCGCGGCCCUGGACGAAAACGAUGAUGAGGACGAGAGGUAUGUCAAGAAGGGCGACAAAUGGUCCAAGAAAAUGGAACGAGCCAUAGUCCGCCUCUCGACAGAGAUCGCAGCUCUUAGGGAACAGAUCACCACCGGGAGGGAGUUCAGGUCAAGAAGGGAAAGGAGUAUUGGCGCAUGGAUAGGGUGGUUUCUGUGGCUCGUCACGAAACAUAUCGCUGCGGAUAUGGCUAUCCUCGCCAUUGUGCUUUUGUGGAUGCGCAGGAGAAAGGAUCGGCGACUUGAAGAUCAUGUCAGAUCUGCGCUGCGAAUAUUUCGGGAAUAUGUCAGAAAGGUCUUGCCCUCACGAUAA